CACACACACACACACACACACACGGUGAAGCCUCUGAAAGCUGCUAUCACAUCAGUCCCACACACCGCCUUCUGACUGCUGCUACCUUGACCUGGACGAGGCGUCGUGCGGGGAAACAAGCACACGGUGUGCUGCUGGCUGCCGCCGCCCCGGAGGAGCAGGAAGGAAGCAUCAAUGCCUCCAGGUUCCCUCGCAUAUACCCUGGAACUGUUCUCGUCAUCGGGCCUCCUGCGCUGAGAGAAUGAAAGGAUGGCCGAGCAGCGAUGCGGGGACCACGGAGGGCUGACGGAUGCUGCUGCAGCGACUCACCGGGAUGAGCAGCAGCAUCGCAACAAGAUGAAUCCGACGGAGGAAGCAGCAGUGGAGGGUCUCUCUUUGGAGAAGAUACUGGCGCUUUACAGCCAGCCCAUCAAUGAGGAGCAGGCUUGGGCGGUGUGUUACCAGUGCUGCAGGACGCUGGCGAAGGGACAUCGGAGCUGGAGAAGCUCCUCCGCCGCCGCAGCCGCCACCGGAGCAUCACCCUCGGCGGCUCCGAGAAGGAUAUCCGGACCGGGGGAUGUUAGGAUACAGAAAGACGGCUCUGUGAGGGUGGAACACCAGGGCUGUGAAGGUAAAUACAGCCCUUGCACAACAACAGAGGUGAUUGAGUCUCUGGGCAUCAUGAUCUACAAGGCUCUGGAUUACGGGCUGAAGGAGAACGAGGAGAGGGAGCUCAGCCCUCCUCUGGAGCAGCUCAUCGACCUCAUGACCAACAUGGCCGAGGCUGAGAGGGACGCCUGCCCCGACGAAGGCUACGAGGCAACAGAGGAAGAGGAUGAGGCAGAGGAUGACCCUGACAACAUCUCCAGUGUCCACGGUUACAGAGAUAUCCUCGAGCUGUGCACAGCUCAUCUACCCAGUCUAUCAGACGCCCCCAGCCACUACCAGGCAGUGUGCCGGGCUCUGUACACAGAAACCAGGGAGCUAAGUACUUUCCUGGAGAAGAUCAAGAGUGCCAAAGAGAACCUCCGUAAGAUGGAGUCGGGGCCAUCAGAGGAGCCUGACGGGGGCCUGAAUGAGCUCCAGAACGCUGACUGGGCUCGAUUCUGGGUUCAGGUGAUGAGGGACCUGCGUGAAGGAGUCAAGCUGAAGAAGGUGCAGGAGCGUCAGUACGACCCUCUGCCCAUCGAGUUCCAGCUCACCCCCUAUGAGAUGCUCAUGGACGACAUCAAGUCCCGACGCUACAAACUGCGUAAAGUCAUGAUAAAUGGAGACAUUCCACCCAGGUUAAAGAAGAGCGCUCAUGAAGUCAUCCUGGAGUUCAUCAGGUCCAGACCACCUCUCAAACCUGUGUCGGCUCGUAAGCUGAAGCCACAGACUCAGCUUCCUCCGACACUGCAUGAACGCAUCUUGGAGGAAAUCAAAUCUGAGAGGAAACUACGACCGGUUUCACCUGGUGAGGUCCGCAGGGGAAGGCUGGGUCUUGGCAAAACUCGCAGUAUGCCACAGGAUUUGUUCCGUACUGGAAUAGAUGAGUUUAGUCCGUACAUGGGCAGGAGGACGUCCAGCUCUCUGUCUCUAACCAAUGGAUCAGCGUGUCCCAGGGGAGAACCCUCUGGAUCUCAGUCUGUCCCUCCGAGGAAAAGGCUCCUGAAGGCUCCUAGCCUCGCCGAGCUGGACAGCUCUGACUCUGACGAUGAGACUGUCGGGCGCAGAUCAGCCAGUAGCUCCAGCGUGGCUACAUCUGUGAUGGAUGAUACGUCCCCAGAGAGUGCUCUGGGGAAGAAAACUCCCCCCAUGUUCCUGCCCAUCUCUUCUACACCCCAGCCGGAGAGGCGUCAGACCCCCCAGAGAAGACACUCCAUCGAGAAGGAAACCCCGACCAAUGUCCGACUGUUUCAACCACCUUCCAAAAAGAGCUCCAAGUCUCUGGUUGGGAUGAUAGCUUCCUAUCGCCCCUGGAUACCCCUCAUCCUCCUCCUCUGCCCUUCUUCCUCCACUCUCCACCAUUUGCAGAGCUCCCACCCCAUCGAGGCAUUUGUGUUGGGCUUGAUGAAGGCAGUUUUUGCUCUGUGCAGGGGCGUUUACAUCAGAGGAAGAGAGUCGGCCAAGGAGGAGUUCUGUUUCCCUGUGGAGUGUCUGUCUCUGACGGUGGAGGAGGUGAUGCACAUCAGACAGGUGCUGGUGAAGGCCGAGCUGGAGAAGUUCCAGCAGUACAAAGACAUCUACAACGCUAUGAAGAAGGGAAAGCUUUGCUUCUGUUGUCGAACCAAAAGGUUUUCCUUUUUCACCUGGUCCUACGUCUGUCAGUUUUGCAAAAAGCCUGUGUGUGCACAGUGCUGUAAAAAGAUGCGGUUGCCAUCCAAACCUUAUUCCAGCUUGCCCAUCUACUCCGUUGGCUCGACCAACACUCUCCCCAGGGAGAGGGUGAGUGCCAUGGCUGCCAUAGGACAGGGACUCUCAGUGGUUGGAGGGCCGGGGCAGGGGCCAGGGCCGUCAGCUGUAGGAAGGGCCACGCAGUCUCCCACUUUGAAUGUAGACACAACAGGGGCAUCUAAAGGAGCUGGAAAAGCCUCUGGAGCAGCUGCUGCUGCAAAGUCUGAGAAAUCCUCCGGAAGCCCAAGGCGCCACAGCAUUCACAAGACCAUAUCCAAGCUUUCGAAGCACGGCUCUCUAAAGUCUCAUGAAGAACUGGAGCUUCCCUCAGAGCUGACAGAGGACUGGGCCACCAUGGAGGUGUGUGUCGACUGCAAGAAGUUCAUCUCUGACAUUAUCGCCUCCAGCAAGCAUAGCCUGUCACUGGCCACCAAAAGAGCUCGCCUAAAACGCAAGACCCAGUCCUUCUACUCCCCUAAAGGGAGGGAGGAGUACCGGCCGUCUGAACGAACAAUCAAGGAGAUCUAAAACUCUCACUUAUCUCUCUCUCUGGCUCCUUUCAGCUCCUACGGCACAAUUAGAGAGUCUCAACUUUGGAUAUGGAAUUACUGUAAACUGUGAACGUAUACUUCAGUGUCCUGAUCAUCGUGUACAGCUCCUUUAGACCUCAGCAUACUGUAGAAGAUUAUUUUUUGGCCAUUUUAGGCCUUUAAUUCCACAGGACAGAUGAAGGCAUGAAAGGGGAGAGAGAG